AUGUAUGAGAUUUUUAUGACUACCACAGUGGAGGAUGCCGACUUCACGCCAGCAUGCUCCGUUCUCGAGGGACUAUGCUCCAUGAAACCAUGGGAAUCCGUCAUCCGCGUACUGUACUACCAAGGACCUCCACGGCCAGCUGGCCUGUCAAAUCAGACCUCCAUGGAGAAGCCGAUACGCAAGAACCUCGCGCCGCUCUGGAGGGAGCUGCACCAGAACCUCAGCCGCCAAGCAUUUGUGCUACAAGCCCGUUACGAAAUCCUCAAGCAUAGAGACUUUGGACCCGAGGCGACACCUAUGGACCUGGACGCGACGCCAGGCAUCUUGCGCUGGACCGACUUUCCGGAUCCCCCUCACGGCAAGCCACUGCUCACGCAGCGCAAAUUGGUUGAGUUGUGGGAGCAGCGUGCUCUGCCCUCCAUAUUAAAUGAUAACCAGCACCAGUAUGCCUAUACCUUUCCCCAAAGGACCAGCAUUCGACCCGCUAACGACCGGCGUAGACUCAAAGGAGAGACGAUAGAAGAGACGUAUCGAUUCUUCAGGGAGGAUGUCGAAUUCUCCCUCACUAGGCACUACAUGUUCAAAUCCAUUCUCACAUACCAACCCCAUGUGUCAGGGACAGGUCGCGGGUCGCCCCCAGCCACGUCCCUGCCAGCGUGGGACGACAUCACGCCCGUGGACUCGCAAUGGCGCUGGAUCGUGCAGGUCAAGACGCAUGUGCUGCAGGACAAUAAACCUGAUGAGAUUAGGAAAGCGCAGGAUACCCUCAUAGCGCUGCGCAACGAGCUGGACGGCGUCUUUGACUUUCGCGCGAUUGACAGAAAGGUGUUUGAUACCCGGAUAGUGCUGCGACAGCAGGGCGUGUAA